AUGACAGCUGAUGCGAGUCAGAGUGAAAUCUCGAGCUCGACUCCGCAUGGAAGUCGGGGACUGGAAGUCACCUUGGUGGUCAAUGGCCUCAGUGGACACCUUUGUGAAGUCCAGGUGCAAAAAGAUUGGCCCUUGAGGCGGCUGAAAGAGGCCAUUGCCAAGGAGACGGGUAUCCAGCCAAAGUGCCAGCAGCUCUUGCACGGGAGGAAUAUCCUGGCGGAUUGCUUGGCCAAGAGUGCUCCCCUCCUCAGCUUGAAGAAGGGCUUCCGGUGUGAUCCUGAGCACUUGAAAUGGGAGCGGAGGAGGACACAGUUCAAGCAGGAGCUUGAGGCGUAUCAGCCGGACCUCUUUGGGCUGUGUGAGGUGGAUCGCUUUGAGGAUCUCCAGGCCGACUUCGCCCAGCUUGGUUUCCAAGGCACUUUCAAACGGAAGCGAAGUCCGGCCAAAGAUGGUGUCGCCGCCUUUUGGAGGCGGGGCACGUUGGACGAAGGCUUGCGGAGAUCCAUCUUCUUGGAGUAUGGCCGGCAGCGCACGAAGGCGGCACAGGUGGCACUCCUGCAACGGCUUUGGCCACCUGACCGGCGACAUGGGAAGGGAUUGGUCUUGUGCACUGCCCACUUGCGUGCCUCUGCAGACGAAGGCUUUCGAAUGCAACAAGCAUCCGAGCUGGUCACCGCCGUCACAGACUUUGCCCGACAAGACGAGCAGAUCAUUCUAGCGGAUGUGAAUAGCAACUCCACUGAAGGGGAGCAGCGUUUCACGGAUGCAAGCACCGUUUACGCAUACUUCAAAGCCUGUGGCUUUCGAUGCGCUUAUCAAACCAUUGCCGAUCAACAUGGUUUUCAAGGCAGCUUUCCCGCCUAUACCACUUGGGCAGGUUGGGCUUCUGGUGACUACAUGGCCACUUGCGACCAUAUCUUCAUUUCCAAGGGAAUCGAAGUGUCUUCCGUGCUCAAUGUCCCGGAGGUGGAAGACGUGAAAGCCUUCCCCGAACGCUUUGGCUUGUGCGGGCCUUGCGUUGAGCUGAACUUGGUGCAUCGAAGUCAUGCGCAGGCCAGUUCUCUGGGGCACUUGAGGCGCUCUGGUCGGCCCAAGCGUCUCCUGACCCAAGCCACUCGAGAUGGGAUCGCCCUUGACAAGGAACUGGUCCUGGCAGCCGUGCAGCGAGACCCCGAGUGUUUAGAGGUGGUGGAUGAGCUGUGGCGCGCUGAUCACGAUGUGCUCCUGGAGUGCGUGUCUCACGACGGUUUGAUGCUCCAACUGGCAUCUGAGAAGCUUCGGGACGAUCGAACGAUCGUCUCCAGAGCUGUGCAGCAAGACGCGGAUGCCUUGCAGUAUGCCAGUGAGGCCUUGCGCAAAGCGAGCUCCAUUGUGCUGCAAGCGGCAAGAGGAAAGCCUGGGAGUUUUGAGUUCGCAGCAGAGGAGCUCAAGGAUGACAAAGGACUGCUCCUGGAGAUCUUGGCGCUGGAGGGGCGAUUACUGAAAUUCGCCUCUGAGAGACUUCAAGCGGAUGAAGAGGUUCUUCAGGCGGUGCGCCAUGCAGGGGAGGCCCUGCAGUGGGCAGCACCGGUGUUGCGGGGCUCCCAGCGUGUGGCGGUCGAUGCCUUGGCGCAGAACGUGGAGGCGUGGCACCAUGUAGCGCCACCCGCGUGUGAUGACCAAGAAGUGCUGAUGGAAGCCCUCAAGAUGGACGGCCAUUUGCUGCAGGAAAUGCCUGAGCCGGUGAAAUGCUCCAAGGAGCUGGUGAUGAUGGCCGUCCGCAGUAGAGGCGCCGCAUUGCAACAUGCUGCACCUGAACUUCGCAGAGAUAGAGAGGUGGUCUUAGAGGCGGUGCUCUCCAACUGCGACGCGCUGCAGUAUGCCAGUGCCGAGCUGCAGGUCAGCUUCGAUCGGGAGAUCAUGAUGGCCGCGGUGUCGCAAGAUGGGCACAUGCUGAUGUAUGCUGCCGAGCCGCUGCGGAACGAUCGGCCCUUGGUGCUGGCGGCCCUGCGCUGCGGCGGUCACCAGGUCCUGUGCCAUGCCUCCGAGGAGUUGCCCCUCGGCCUCCGCAGGAGUGGUUGGCUCGCAGGCAAGAUGAGCUGCGAGCAGAAGAGAAAAGAGCCGAAAGAAGGGCCAUGUGAUCGUCUCCGAGGUCCACGGGCGAGGAUCUUCACCCGUGACAUGGCAGCUUCCGCGAGUGCCUCUUCGUCGGAAGCUGCAGCCGUGCGCACUUUCUCAGGAGAGAAUGAGGAUGGCUUGUCAGAAGAGCAGAAGGCUGUUGUCAUUGCCAGAGCUCGUGGAGAUCUCAAAAGAGAAUCUGUCGCUGCCGCCUUGAGAUCAUGCUAUCCAGAUCUGAUCAUCAGCAAACGGCGAACAGCCGUGGCCCUAGCUGAAGAGUUGGAAGAGGACGCUCCUGGGACACAGGAGCACUGGGAAGAAGAGUUCUCAGAUGUUGAGCAUUUGCUGGAAGAACACCAGGCUUCCGACUGGGUUAUGGCUCUAGAGACCGCACCAGACUUAGACUCACCGCCGGUCGAGCUAGUGUCGAAGGACGAUCAGCUCGCACCUUCCGAUGCCAGUGAAGCUGCUUCCAUCAAUGUUUGGACGCAGGAGCAUUGUGAUGUCGUUGCCACUCCCUGGCUUUCCAAGUCCGGGCCGAAGUGGAAGCAAGUGAUUCGUAGGUAUGGCAUGAAGCUUCCACAUAGUGAGAGACUGAUCCGCAAGAGCACCCGAUUGCUCGUGGAAACCCGGCCAGAGUCUGCAGAGAGUGCCGAUUCGACCGAUUCUAGACCUGCAGUCCCUGCCGAGUCGACCUAUGGUCCCGUGCGACGCCGAGUGGGUCACAAGGAUGGCCCUAUGGCGCUUUGGAGACCUCCUGCGUUGAGACAAGAAGACUUCGUAGAGAUAAUGAAAGAGGCGCUUGCUGUGGCCACCGGUACUCUGGAAUGGGUACUGCUGAUGCUUGCUGAGAUUUUUGACGGUGGCACUUCAGCCCUCUUGAAAGAGCUGGCUUUGGAGCAAGAAGGAUUUGAGUUUGUGCAUGAAGAGAUUGAGCAGGAGCAUGGUGCGAUGACUGACGCACCAAAGCGUCGGUUGACUGAGGGUCCCAUUCCGUCGGAAAGCCCGGCCCUCACUCGCCAGAUGCCAAUUCCAAAGACAUCCGCCAAGGGUGCCCAGAGUCAUGGCUAUGAGCAUCCUCUGCCGGCAGGAGUCACAUCAAUGGAGAUGUGGGGCCGUACGAUCAUCGACUAUGGCAAGCUGGCAAAGAGAGGAAUCACCUACGAAGAACUCGCCACCAGUGUUGACUCUGAGCUGCUCAAUUACCAGCGAUGGUUGCGCAGUCAGAAGGGCCGAGAGAAUUUCAGCCCUUUGAUGAAGGACUUGAUUAACUACCUGCUCCGCUUCCAGGCUGAACAUGAAGGCAGUGCAAGCUCCUAUCCGGAUUCCAGCGUUCCUCGACGCUUGAAGGGUGAGGACGAUCACUUCUCCUAUGGUCUUUUCCAUGUUCCGACCUGGCAGGGCGGACCGGCCUUGCUGACGGCUCAUUGGACCGACUUGAGCCAUGUGGGAUGCAAAGGGCCCGGCCAAGCGCUCCGCUUCGGCGACAACGACACGGUGCUGAAGGUCGAUGGGAAUGAUUGGAAUGAUGCUGCUUGGAAUGACUGGAGUGCGGUCUAUGAAGCACCUCACAGGAUGGGGAAGCCGUUGUGA